CCUAAUACAUUCGUCUUCGUGAGCGGUCUCUUUGUGCGUUUGGUGUCCAUGGUGCCGAUUGAUAACCUUUUGCAAAAACAUAUCUAUCUGAUACGAGUCAAGAAAUACUUGAAAGCAACACAUUACGAUGAAAGAUUUGAAAGCGAAGACCCCAUCGCCGAGCAGCCGCCGCAGCGUCUCCAAGCUGGAGUCCAGCACGUCUCUACAGAGCGGCGAGGCGCUGCUGAAGCCAUCGAUGCUGCCCAAGGCAUUGGCAUCGGCAGCGGCAUCGUCUGAGGAGGAGCCCCUGCAUCUGGAACUGAAGUCACGCGACAAUUGGGGCAGCUCCCUGGAGUUUCUCAUGUCAUGCAUCGCUCUGAGCGUGGGCCUGGGCAAUGUCUGGCGCUUUCCGUUCACCGCCCUGGAGAACGGUGGCGGCGCCUUUCUGAUCCCCUAUCUGACGGUGCUGUUUGUGGUGGGAAAGCCGAUUUACUACAUGGAAAUGCUGCUGGGCCAGUUCUCCAGUCGCGGCAUUGUGCAGGUCUUUGACUUUGCACCCCUCAUGAGGGGUGUGGGCUAUGCUCAGCUCUUGGCCUUGGGCGUUUUGGCCACAUACUACGCCUCGGUGAUGGCCCUCACGCUGCGCUACUUCUUUGACUCGUUUGCGGCGGUGCUGCCCUGGAGCUACUGUCGCCCGGAAUGGGGCGAUGGGUGUGUGAGUGCCGCCAGCGAUGGACACCAGCCGCAGGUGGGACAGCUGUCGCGGAACUUUAGCUCAUCCUCGCAGCUCUACCUGCAGCGCAUUGUCCUCAACGAGACGCAGUCGCUGGCAGAGCACGGCAUUGGCUAUCCCAGUGGCAGCCUGGCCCUGAUGCUGGCCCUCUCCUGGCUGACGGUCACACUGAUCAUCAUGCGGGGCGUGAAGAGCUCUGGCAAGGCCUCGUAUGUCCUGGCGCUGUUCCCCUACGUGGUCAUGCUUAUCCUGCUCGUCCGUUCGCUCACCCUGCCGGGCGCCUACGACGGCGUCAUGUACUUCCUCACGCCGCAGUGGGACAAGCUGCUGGAGCCGGAGGUGUGGUACAAUGCCGUCACUCAGGUGUUCUUCUCGCUGGCCGUCUGCUUUGGCGUGAUCAUCAUGUACUCCUCGUACAACCGCUUCGGGCACAAUGUCUACAGGGAUGCGAAUAUCGUGACCACGCUGGACACCUUCACCUCCCUGCUCUCGGGCGUGAUUAUCUUUGGCAUCCUGGGCAACCUCGCCUACGAGUCUGGCACGAAGGACAUUGGCAGUGUGGUCAGGGCGGGACCGGGCCUCGCAUUCAUCUCGUAUCCGGAGGCCAUUGCCAAGUUCAAGAUGAUGCCGCAGAUCUUCUCGCUGCUCUUCUUCGCCAUGCUCUUCAUGCUGGGCGUGGGCAGCAACGUGGGCAUGGUCAGCUGCAUCAUGACCGUGCUGAAGGAUCGAUUUGUGAACGCCAAACUCUGGCUGAUUGUCGUCGGCCUCUCGCUGACCGGCUUCGCCGUGGGUCUCAUCUACAUCACGCCCGGGGGUCAGCACAUCGUAACACUGCUGGACUUCCAUGGCGUGACCUUUGUGUCCCUGGUGUCGGCCAUCUUUGAGCUUGUGGCCGUCGGCUGGAUCUACGGCACCAAGCGACUCUGCCAGGAUGCGGAGUACAUGCUGAACAUCAAGACAUCGAAAUACUAUCGCAUCUGCUGGUCCAUUGUCACGCCCCUGGUGAUGACUGUCAUCCUGCUGUACACCCUGUUCACCAUGCGUCCCUUGCGCUACAAUGGACAGGAGUUUCCCCUGCCCUAUCGCGUAUUCGGCUGGUGCAUCUCGGCCCUCAUCAUUGGCCAACUGUUCUAUUGGGCCUGUCAUGCCAACUACAAGCAGCCCAAGGGCACCCUCAAGUGUCGCAUCAGCAACUCGCUCAAGCCCCAUUCCGAUUGGGGGCCAUUGGACUCCAAGCAGCUGAUCGACUAUCAGAUGUUUCGACGCAACCAAAAGGAAGUCACUGCCACUGCCACUGCCAGUGCCAGUGCCAGUGCAGGUCUGAAGCCACGUCGCUGGCUGUGCUACAGCGUGGGAGAUCGCAUCUUUGGCUGAAGAGGAAUCGUAUAUAGAGACCCGCUCUAUAUAGCAAUUAUUCCAACAAUCAUUUGUAAUCUUUAUUCCUUCAGUGGGAAAAUCUCUUUAGGUGUUUAGGGCAUUGUACUUAAUAAAUGUUUUCUCUUUUUUAUA